CAUGUGUGAGAUGAUUAAUUUGAAUGAUGAUUGUUGUUGUUAAGAUUGUUAGGUUAUUUCCGAAAUGCUCCCGAUUUUGAAAAUGUUCUAAAAAAUGAUUACAUUUAAAAAAUAAGAAUGAUUUCUCCCAUGAUUGUUUACAACUUUGCUUUCAGGAAAAACAUAUUUUCAAGGGAUGUAUAUGGUACUUUUUUUAUUCUGAAAAGACAAUGUGCAUCUCGAUAUCCACGAUCAGCAAGUAUAGAGAAACAUGGAGAACAACCUGUUAUUGUUGUACAUGAAUAUGAUAAUGUAGAUAUAAUUGGCCCACCAGAUACAGUUUCAAAUUUACGACCAAUAAUUAGAAGAAAUUUAAGUAAUGAAACUCCACUACAAAAGAAACUUCGUGAAAUGCAAAAUACCACCCAAGAAUGGAAUCAACAUUUUUGGUCAGACCAUAAUACAAAGUUUAUUAAGGAACGACAAAAGUAUAUUGAUUUACGUUUGAAAAAAGGUAGUGAAAACCAGUUAACAGCAGAGGAAAUGAGUGAAUUUUAUAAAAAGUUUUUGGAUGAAAAUUGGCAAACUCAUGUUAAAUAUAAUUUUGAAUGGUAUAAGAAAAAUUUUACAUUAUUGUUGUUUGCUUUGCAAGUCACUAUAGAGAACCUGACACGAAAGGUUUUAUAGCAACAUUAACACUGUUAUAAGUACGUAAUUUUAUAAUUCAUUCAUUAUUAGGUAGGUGUUGUAAUUUUCUUGUUGAAAUAAAAAUUCAAAAUAUA